GUCACGCAUGCUCAGACGUUAUUCUCACUCUGGCCAAGCUCAGAAGGAGCAUUUGUGUCAGUGCUCAGAUAGUAAUGGACUGGUCGCCAUAAUACCCACAUUAUCCUCCCGCAGAGUGAGGUGAGGUGACCGCAGGUGUCGGGUGUGGCCGGGCUCGGGCGCACCACGGUGCACUCGAGGGAGGCUCCAGACUGCCGCAGGAGAAAGAGGAGGAGAGGGUGGUAGAAGCAGAAGAACAAAUGGCUAAGGGGAGGUGAUGGAGCGUUGGAGAUGCUUGGCAAAUGACUGAGGCUGACCGAGUGUGAAGUUCAGUCCGGUGGGAUCCGCUGAUUUGCGGUAAAACAGGUGUCUGUCUUUUCUGAGGUUUCAAAAUGGAGUCCACUCACCUUCUCAGCAACUCCAAGAAGAGAGUAAAGAUCCACCCUCACACUGUCACUGCCAAGUACGCCACACACACCCCCUACUCCCCUCAACCUGGAGUGCACACACACUUCCCUCAACCCGGGGAUGACGGCUAUGAUGAUGCUCCGUCUUUUGAGGACUUUGGUUCGUUUCUGGAGGAGACGUCAGACAGGAAACAGUUGAUGGAGACCAAAAGAUGGCCCCUGACUCUGUUUGGCUCCAGAGACAAAGACAAGGACACAAGUAGCAAACCUCAGGGUGCCGGGGGAGGAGAUGGGAGCGAGGGGGGAGCCAAGGCAGGGAAGGGUUCUGGGAAAGGGGUAGGGGAACAGCUGGCCAGUUUCGGGGAGGCGUCUGUGUCUGCAUCUCGGCUCACUUGGGUGGGGUUGCUUGGUGCGGCGCUGGCUCACGGUGGUUUGAUUGUUCUGACCCGCCUGGCCUCUGAACGCUUCAGCCUCGGCCCUUUGUUUCUACUCUUGACCCGAUCCAUCAUCCAGCUCCUCUCUGUGGCUGUACCACUGCAUAGGGGGGAGAACCCUUUUGGACCAGAGGGCUAUCGUCUGUGUCUGUUCUGUUAUGGCAUCGCCUACUCCCUUUCCCUCUGCUGUGCCUACUCAUCCUUAACCUUCAUCUCUCCUGGAAAUGCCACAACGACCUGGCGCUUGGCAACCACAGCACUGUCAGCAACCCUGGCCUUCCUGCUACUGGAAGAGAGGUUGGGAUUGGCAGAUGGGAUCACUAUCGCUGCAGGGCUCUGUGGUUUAGGGCUCGUGUUAAUUCCCACCACAGAAGAGAGCAAUGCAGAUUCACCAGCUGACCCGGUUGUGUUCUGGAGGGGUGCAUUUGGGUGGUCUCUUUCAGUGCUCGCAGGACUGUGGAUGGCUCUGGCGCUUGUUGGGUAUCGUUCCCUGAAGGAGAGGGUGGGAGUCAGCACAGCUUUGUUUACAGUAAGCUGGACGGGCUGCCUGCUCACCCCAGCCUCCUUGGCCCUGCUCCAGGAGGGCUGGUCCUGGCCUGCAAGUGCCCAAGCUUGGGUCCUGGUCCUGGGCCUAGUUGCUUGCUCUGUAGCAGCCUUCCUGGGUAUGACACAUGCCCUCACACGACUCCACCCAGCUCUGGUCUCUGCCUCUCAGAGCCUGGAGGUACCUGUUGCCAUGCUGUUGCAUCUGGCCAUCCUGUUGGCUCCCACUGCCCCUGAGAUUGUCGGAAAUGUGAUGGUCACACUGAGCGUCGGUUGGCUGGUGGCGAUGAAGCUGCUGCCCUCUCGAGGAGGUGGGCGGCGACAGAGAGAAGAGUAUGAGGAGAUUCUGGACUCGCCCAUUAAAUAGACACCUUUUCUCUUCUUGAGAUUGAAUCCAGUGUAGAAACUGAUAAAUGUUUAUUGGAACUUGAUCUAUUUUGUAUUGUCCUUUUUGCUUUGGGAAAGUGCUAAUAUUGUGUUGUCUGUUACAGUGACUAUGUGAUGUGACAUUAAAAUCUUUCUGAUGAGCACAAUG